AUGGCUACCGACGUGACGGUUCAGCUAUUGACGCUGGUCAUAACCACGUCGCCUACGCCCUCGGCGCCUUCGACUGAGCUGCUGUCCCAGGUGAUCGAGUCCUUUCGCUCCUUCUGCCCUGUCCUCCUGGCCUGCCGCGUCAUCGUUGUGCUCGACACGUUUGACCACAUCGCACCGCGCGCCCGCCUGAAGCGCGGCCAGGUCACUGAGAAGGACGCCGAGGUCUACGACCUGUACAAGGAGAAGGUCAAGGAGUUGUUUCUCAGCGAGCAUGGCCGCCACCCCAGCGCCCCUGCGUCUGCGAAUGGCGGGGCUGCUUCUGGCGUCCACAACGCCUCCUUUCCCAACCCCACCGUCACUGGCGAUCAUGGACUCCCCGGCGGUGACGCGCGUCCCAUGCCAGAUCUGGUGGAGAGUCGGGGCGAGGCCGAAUUUGGAUACGAGGGGCGGAACAAUCCGCUCAACAGUGCCGUCCUGCUCACAAUCUCCCAGACGAGAGAUGGUAUGGUUACCUUUGUCGAGCCUGCAGACAGACUUGGUUUUGGGCUUGCUGUGCGGACGGGCCUCCGGCUAGCCGAGACCAAAUAUGUUUGGGUGCACCAGCAUGACUGGACACUUGUUACCAAAAUACCCAUCGCAGGCAUGCUCGAUGUUAUGAUGGCUUCAGGCGACUCGCCGGCUGAUGAAGGGACCGCGCCCUCUGGAAGCCCAGAGGAGGCUUCCGCAAAUUUAGACGUGGCUUCUUGCGCCCCGCCCAUCAAGUAUAUCUGCCUGCCUUCGGGAAGGCUACUGUCAUAUGCCGUACAGGCGCACGUCACGCGCUACCCAGCUUUGCUUCGCACAACUGGCAAGCUCAAGCAGUCGUUUGUCCCUUCGGGGUCAACGACCCCGACAGACUUAGACUCUGAAUCGCCGCUGCCGCCCAUUUCUUCUUCCAUCCCACUCACACCCCUCUUUUUCUGGCACGAUAAGCCGCACAUAGCCGAGACAGCACACUACCUCGCUCGCGUCUUCCCGACCCGCCUGGCCAUGGGCAGGGGUGACUUUAUCGAAGAUACGGUUGGGCACCGCGCCCGAAACCAGAUGAAAGAUGGCGCCUGGGCCAAGUGGGCGUGCUGGCUCUACUACCCGGACGACGGGAAACGGCUAUGCCUGCGCCACCUGCAGGGCCGUCACUGGUUGGGCUCCACGGCUGAGCAGGAGAGAAAGGAGACGUGGAUCGCGCUGAACAUCAAGGGCGGCAGGAAGAUGGCGCUGAAGAAUAAAAAGAAGCAACUGUCCAAAGCUGACCCAGGAGAGGCGGGAACGAAACUGGAAGCCGCUGACGUGGACGAAUUCACGACCUCGCUCGCAGAGGCAUUAUGA